AUGACUGCCGCCUCUAUUACCAGCUCAAAGCAAGCUAACUUGGUCCUAGACCAUAUCCUUCACCACCUCCUUUGCAUCUACGCCCUUGGAGCUACUCCGCUACAGAUGGAAAAAGCUUUCGACCAAAACGCUGCCUACCAAUUGCCGUCACACUACGCCGAUUCAGGGCACGCACAGCAAUUGGCUGACCCGGCUGAGUUCAAGAAGUGCCUCGGAUAUUCCAAGUAUUUCAAUGACUACUUCCUCUUUUCUCGUAAGGAAAUUGAGACCCAUGGAAUUCCAACGACAGUCAACACAUCUAAUUUUGGCGAAAAUGAGCGAGCUAUGGACAUGUUCGACAGGAUUUUUCAGGGCUAUGCCCUCGUAUACAAGCAACCGUUCCUGGUUGCUGAGGCACUAGCCUCAACCGCUGUCCAAUUCCCUGAGCUCCGCUAUUUCCUUCCUCCAACUGACAGAGUUGCACCGUCUACUGCAAGUGCGUCGCAGGUGGAGAUGCACGAUCAAAUACGUACAAACGCGAUAAUCCACAAUGCAAUGCAUUAUGACUAUAUCGACAAGAUCCACGACGGCUUGAUUGGUGAAGCCGGUGACCAAUUGCUCAGUGUUAUCAGUCAGUGGAAGGUAUCGGCAGACGAGGUAGAAGUUAAGGCUGCUGAGCUGUUUAACGCAUGCGGUAUCAUGAAGUAUACUACACAACUAUGGCCCAGAGAUCAAAUAAGCAGAUUUCGUUUUGACUUCAUGCCGAUGUACACUGUAACCACUGCCACAUUCUUUCCGGUUUAUCUCAAGACAGACUGGAUCAAGCCUGGGUCAAAAACCUGCCUCGUUGAGUGGCUUGGUCGAGCCAACGUGCUGCUCUGCGCUGAAUGCGGUGCCCCAGAGCCUCGUCCAGAGGAUUUCAAGACCUGCAAGCUAUUUCGCCCGUCUGGGUGA